AUGUCUACUAAUGUUUUACCAGCACAGCCUACAGGUAUUCAGAGUACCGCCGGCGCAGUUCCAAUUCGAAAUGAAAAAGGUGAAAUAUCUAUGCAAAAGGUGAAAGUACAAAGAUAUAUAUCAGGGAAAAAGCCUGAUUAUGCACAAGGAGUGACAUCAUCUGAUGAAUCAGAUACAGAGGACUUCAUAGAACAGCAGAGACCUGAUAGGAAACAUCAACUUGCACAAGUUACUGGAAAGGAUGAAAAAAGUGAUUCUGAUAAUGAAGUAGAUGAUCCCCGAUUGCGUCGUCUACGUCAGGCAGUAAAGUCACCUCCACGUCGCUCUGAGCAUAGGCCAGAAGUAAUUGAUGCUGAACCUGACGAACCAGAACCGGAGUCGAGUGAUGAGGCGAAGCACAGUUCAGAAAGUGAAGAUGAUCUUGAUGAAGAAGAGAUUGAGAGGCGUCGUCAAGCAGUUAGGGCUAAACUGGCUGCAAGAGAAGCAGAGAAAGAAGCUCUUGGUAGAGAUGAAGAAGAAGAAAUGUUGGAAGGUGACAAGGAGGAAAGUGGGUCGUCAGACACUGAGUACACAGAUAGUGAAGAGGAAACUGGACCACGAGUCAAACCAGUGUUUGUAAGGGCAUCAGAUCGUAUGACGGUAGCAGAAAGGGAGAGAAAAGUAAAGGUUCAAAAGAAAGAAGAAGUAGAGGCUCGAAGAGAGAAAGAGGAAAGGAGACGUGAGGCUCUCAAACUUGUGGAAGAGACAAUACGCGCAGAACAGAGGAAUACUCAGGCGGAAGCUAAAGAAGCGAAUAUCGAAGACGUGUGCACGGACGAUGAAAAUGACGAGCUAGAAUACGAAGCUUGGAAAUUACGUGAAAUGAAACGCAUCAAACGCGAUAAGGAAGAACGUGAAGCUAUCGAGAAAGAGUUGAUGCACAUCGAGCGUAUGCGAAAUAUGACGGAGGAAGAGCGACGCGCGGAGCAACGUCUCAAUCCAAAAGUUGUAACUAACAAGGCUGUGAAAGGGAAAUACAAGUUCUUGCAGAAGUAUUAUCACCGGGGUGCUUUCUAUUUGGAUAAAGAAGAAGAAGUGUUCAAACAAGAUUUUUCUGGAGCGACAUUGGACGAUCACUUUGACAAGACUGUUCUACCAAAGGUGAUGCAAGUGAAGAAAUUUGGACGUUCUGGUCGCACAAAAUACACUCACUUGGUCGACCAAGACACUACAGAAUUCGAUUCUGCAUGGAGCAAUGAAGGUGCUGCGGCUAGACUGGCUAACUUCAGAGGAGGCUUGAAACAGAUCUUUGAAAAGCCCUCUGCUAGAAGAAAACAUACCACAUAG